CAAUCAUCAGCGCGAGUGCGUUAACGCGUUUUCCGGCUUAGGGAGUCCAGUCUGCGACGUCGAGGUGACCAUGGCGCAAGAUUUGAAAGAUUGCAGGGUGUCUUGUAAACUUUCAUGGGAGGACCUCCAGACUCUGUGCCGCAGAGAAAGACUUGUUUGCAAGCAUCUGAAUGUGACAAAGAACAACUUUAAUUACUAUGAAGUGGAGUAUCUGUGUAACUACAAAAAACACAAGGGUCGAGAGUUCUUCCUGGUGAAGUGGAAAGGCUACACCGAAUCAGAAAACACAUGGGAGCCUCUCAGAAAUCUUAAAUGCCCUACACUCUUGCACCAAUUCCGAGAAGACAUUAAGGCAGCUUUGCUUCAGGCCAACGAACCACUCGAUUCAGACUCUUUGAGUGCCCCCGUUGUGUCCUUCCUUCUCCAGAAGGCCAAGCAGCGUAUAAAGCUUCAGAAAUGGGAAAACCUCAUGAAUCAGACCUGCAGGCACAAGGGACGCAUAUUCGUCUGUAAUGAGGUUGACCUGGACGGGCCUCCUAAGAACUUCACCUACAUUAAUGAGAAUAGGUUAGGGAAAGGAGUGGAUGUGAAUCCAGUGAUAGUGGGCUGCGAAUGUGACAACUGCAUCUCUCAGCCGCUUGACGGCUGCUGUCCAGGGCUAAUGAAGCAUCGGAGGGCAUAUAAUGACAGCGGGCAGGUGAAAGUGAUGCCUGGUGUGCCCAUCUACGAGUGUAACUCCAAAUGCCGAUGUGGGCCGGACUGUGCAAAUAGGGUUGUGCAAAAAGGUAUUCAGUAUGAUCUAUGCAUCUUCAAAACAGCCAAUGGAAGAGGAUGGGGAGUGCGGACGCUGCAGAGGAUUUACAAAAACAGCUUUGUUAUGGAGUAUCUUGGAGAGAUUAUCACGACAGAGGAAGCAGAGAGGAGAGGUGUGGUUUAUGAUAAGCAGGGUGUCACCUACCUGUUUGAUCUGGACUAUGUGGAUGACGUCUACACCAUCGAUGCGGCUCAUUAUGGAAACAUCUCUCACUUUGUCAACCACAGCUGCGAUCCGAACUUGCAGGUAUAUAAUGUUUUUAUUGACAACUUAGAUGAGCGACUUCCCAGAAUCGCAUUUUUUGCAAAACGAGGGAUUAAAGCUGGAGAAGAGCUCACUUUUGACUACAAGAUGACUGUUGAUCCAGUAGAUGCAGAGAGUUCAAAAAUGGACUCUGAAUUUAGUCGGGCUGGAAUUGAAGGAUCACCCAUCAAACGGAUCCAUAUGGAGUGCAAGUGUGGAGUAAAGAACUGCCGGAAAUAUCUGUUUUAAUCUAGCUCACACACAAGCAUGCAUACUAUGACAGGCAUCAAGAUAAUUUCAUGAAAUUUAUUUUUUAUUCUUUUAUUUGUGUAUAUAUACUUUAAAUUGAUUUUAACUUUUUUUGUAUGUAAUGUUCGGUGGCUUUUAUUAAUUCAGUUAAUAAUUCAAUCCAUUUUCAGCACUGUUUUAAUAAAUUAACAUUUCCCCACAAUGAUUAUGCUUGUUUUGUGUUCUUUUAUCAAAUUAAUAAAACAUUACAUUUGAUACUAUGUGGAGCAAUAUGGAUUCUCACUUCAAGAAUGUUGCUUACCUAUAUAGAUAUCUAUAUUUGCCACCAGAUGGUGCUAGUGUAUUCAUAACACCUUUUGUAUAACAUAAAGCAAAUUUUUAUAGAUGAAAUGCCAACAAGGGGGUUGCACACGCUAAAAAAAUUCUUAAAACUAAAGUUUGUGAAAAUUACAGAGAUUACCAUGUGAGAUUUGCAGAUUAUUCAAAAUAUAGGUCAAGGCAGUUUUUACUUCGAUUUCCUAUAAAGUUACUGAAGUGAGAUUUUCCACCAGAUAAAUGUUAACCAGAAACAGACCAGGCAGUUGUAACAUACCGCUGUUUUUCUCUGUGUAAUAUACAAACUAUAGCUGCAAAAAGUAGCACAUUUGUGCAGUAGUUGCAGUAGAACCUCACAGAUAGAGUCAUCUGGCCUCGCUUGAUCUGUGGCCUGAAUCCCCAGCUUGGGCCAGACAGUCAGCUCAGCUCAGCUUUAACCUCCCAUGAGGAGGUGAG